AUGCAACAACCAAGCUCUGAUUAUUCUCCAGAUCUGGUCAAAGAAACCAGCGUGGAACCUCUAGACAGGGAAGCUGACCUCCCUAAGGAAAAUGUUGAAGAUGCCUUCAGUUCCUCUGAAAUGCAGACAGUGCCAGUGUGCAUGGACACCCCGGUGCCUCCAGGGGACUGCAUCCUCGGAGGAGGUUACACAGAGCCGCUGCUGAGGCUCCCUGCAGAGGAGUGCGCUGGGAUCCACCACGCGCCUUUGCUCUUCGACCGCCGUGCCCGCGCCAGAAUUGCCACUUCCCCAACGUUAAGGCGUCUGAGGAUGGCCUCUGCCUCACAAGCACUGCCACUUCCAGGCUGCUCUGCCACAGCCCAGCUGGGGAAUCGAAAGGAAUACGCUGGCUCUCUCCACCACAUUUGUAAGAGUCCACCUCGCUGCGUUACGGUCUCUUCAUUGUCGCUGCCUUCUUGUGUCCAUGCAAAAUUACUGGAGUCCAAAGCCAAGUCUGAGAGAACUACAGCAGUUCCAGAGUCUGACCCACCCAGGUCGAAGCUUCCAAGCCAAGAGGACCCUCUCAGCAAUGGCAGUCCCAAGGAGCCACCCAGAAACUCCUGGAGAGCCAACUCUGCUACUCUUCCCACGAGACUCCCCCGCCCCAGCCCUACACUUUGGGCAGGUGUCCAGGAGAGUGGACUGCCCAUGCAAAGAUCCGCCCAGCGCAGGCGAAGCUCCCUGGUGGUGAGUCUGCCGGGACUCGAGGUGUUCCCUGGAGACCUGCUGGUGUCAGACAGUGCCAUGGACUACCUGCCCUGCUCCUUCCUGCUCACUGCAGAGUCCAAAAAAUCAAGGUGGCCAUUUGCCAAAAGAGGAGUUGGUAAAGACAAACAGAAGCAAGCAUCUGAUCUGGAAAAUUGUCUUUCAACUGUUAAGGUCAUAGACUGCUACACAGAUGAAUUUUUCUGCUUUAAGAGUAAAUCUUGGCAUGAAUUUAUAAACGAGCAGAAAGGUGUCAACAGUGGGUUAGAAGUGGAAAAAGAAGCAGCAGUGUGGGAACUUUUCACAAGUGAAUGCACUUACUUUCUGGAUCAUUUGCUGGUUCUUAAGAAGAUAUUUAUGAACACUCUAAAAUACCUCCAGAAUAAUGAAUUCCUCUUGGAUGUGGAUUUGUGGAGACUUUUUGCAAACUUAGAGGAGUUAAACAAGAUAAGUCUCCAUUUUCUGAAAACAUUUUUUGAAACUGUGAAGAAGCAUAUCAGCAAGUCAGACUCUCCUAUGGAUUUCAGCUCUGUACUCAGAAUGUUUUUCCAGGGUGACCUCUGCCAGACACACCAGAUUUAUUGCCUUAAUUAUACCUCUGCUGUCUUCUACUUGGAAAAACUGAGACAGAGAGAAGAUUUCGGCAUCUAUCUGAAGUGGUGUGAACAAAAUGAACAGUGCAAGAGGUUGCAUCUGCCAGAGCUGCUGGUUGCUCCUCUGCAUCGAUUGACACGGUAUCCCCUCCUCCUCAACAACAUCUGGAAGAGGAGCACAGAUGAAACAGAGAAAUGUUCUAUCCAGUCACUUAAAGAGAAGGUGGAAAAGUCUAUAAGGGAUCUGGAAGGUAAAGUCAAGUGGCUGGACAACUUUCAGAAGUUCAGGCAGCUGCAAGAGGUUAUAAUUUGGCCUCAGGUCUGGGAUCGUGACAAAAGGUUCUUUGUCCCAGAGUGUUUGAAGCAAAACUUAAGAGAAAACAGCAGUGAAAACAUUUUGUCUUCAGUGAACAGACUUCUCCUUCAUGAAGGAAGGCUGAUGCUGGCAGAAAGCACAAGACUCCUUGACGUCUACCUCUUUCUAUUUGAUGAUUUCCUACUAAUUACCAAAAUUAAACGUAACAAAAAGAAAUAUGGAGGCUCAGACACCAGCUUAAUCCCUAUCUGUCCUUCCCUCACUCCUGAGCUGCAGUCCUUCAUAAGAGAGGGGGGAUUUUGCACAGUCCUAGACCAGCCCAUCCCACUUGACAGACUCAUACUGAAAAAUGUUGAGCCCAUCCAAGUUACAGUCUUCAGCCUGAGGAACGCUUUUCUAAUUCAGCAUGAGAACAGGUAUGGGCAGUGCAUAGCAGUCUUCUUGCUACAAGCUCAGACAGAGACUGCCAAGAAAGCAUGGAUGUCACAGAUAGAAACAGCAAUCUCUAAUUACACCACACAACAUGAAACCAAGAAAAGCACUGCUUUCUGCUUCCCUGUUGAAUCCUCUGAAAUUUGA